UAUUUAUUUUUAAUUAACCUUGACUUCCGAGAAGAAAAAGAAAGGUUGCAUUUCAGAGACAUGCAAGAUACUGUCUUCGUACCCCAGGUAUGCCGUACAGGGUGGUAAAGUCACCAUGGAAACUGAAACUGGAACUGGGAAACCUGAGCAUUGCUGCCAAUCUGAUCCGGCGGAAUAAGAGCCAAGAGUAGGGCUGCUUGUAAGUCCCACGAGAGCGGAGGCACUGAAUCAGUUCCAUCAUGAACCAGUCGCACGUCCUAAAACUGAUUUUUCUGAAGCUACUCUCUGCCAACUGUCAAGAUUUUGGUGAGGAACGCAAUGGACGCAUUAUAGGUGGCUACGUGCCCCCUGCACACACCAUUCGAUAUAUCGUUUCCAUUCGGAGAAUUGGUGGAGAUCAUUUCUGUGGAGGCUCUCUGGUGGGCACAUUGUGGGUGUUGACCGCAGCACACUGCAAUAUUGGGUAUGAUGGUUUCGAGAUAGUUGCCGGUGAGCACAAUUUGACUGAAUAUGAAGGAACAGAGCAGUAUUUGUAUCCUGAGCUCCUGAUCCCACACCCCAACUAUAACGCAGCAACAAACAAUCAUGAUCUUAUGCUCAUUAAGCUACAGAGUCCUGCAAUCCUUGGAAGCUAUGUUUCAAUUGUUGUGCUGCCACACCAAGAUGCCUCAAUCCCUGAGGGCUACGUGUGCCGGGUUUCUGGCUGGGGUUACACAAACUUUGCUGAGAAACAGGCGUCCAUUGUCCUCAGGACUGUAAAUAUCCCCAUUAUAUCACCUGUGGAAUGCAAUGGCAGCAGCUCUUUUAACGGAUAUAUAACCAGUAAGAUGCUCUGUGCUGGGUACAAUGACGGAGGCAAGGAUGCAUGCAAGGGAGACUCUGGAGGCCCUUUGGUUUGUGAAGGUCGUGUCUAUGGAAUCGUGUCUUGGGGAAAAAGUUGUGGAGAAGCUCACUAUCCUGGAGUGUACACAGCUGUUGCUCAGUUCCGAACAUGGAUAGAUGAGACAAUGCAGAUCCUCAGCCACACGUGUCCCAUUAUUUAGCCAUGUGCUGUCUUCCAUCAGAAAUGAGAAAGAGUUAAGCGUGUGUGCUUUGUUUCUUUUCCUUAGACACCAGCAUUUCUAAGAAGUUGAGACUGCCACUGGAUACAGAACUAAUGACACCAUAGCCACCAACUCAAUAUGAUCCAGAGAAAUGUCAGUCUUCUUUUGUCACAAACUGCACAGCACGGGGAGCCGUUUUGUCCCUACAAUAUUUCUAUGUGGAUAGACAUCAGAGAGCAGUGAGGUUUAAAAUACAGUAAAUCCAGUUAAGCAUCAUAGGGAAUGGUGUCUGACAGGAUUGGGGGGAAGUGGUUUCCAGCAUGUAGCUUUGAAGAAUGCUGCAUUCACACCAUUGGUGUAUCACUUUGGUGCUCUGAUUGCUUUUUCUUUUGUCCUGCUUGAUUCUGGUAUUUCCAUUUAUUCUUUCUACCAAAGUAAUGUAAUAAAGUACCUAUCAAACCUCAAAGUCAAAAGGGAAGGCAACACUUGUGAGACAGUAUAACAGUCGGAGCCCACGGCAAAUCACCUUCAAGGUAGUAGCACCAAGGGGUUUGAGAAACUUAGAAAGGAACACAGAUAAAAAACCUUGGGAUAGGCUUGCAGUUUAAGUUAAUACUUGGAGAAGAAUUGCAGUAUGUCCACAACACAUUACUAGAGACAACGAGAAAGAGGACAUUAGUUUGCUGCGUAAAUUGCUGCCACUGGCACCAAUAGGGGAGGACAGGUGGAUUAUGACUGUGAGAAAGUGAAUCUAGCACCCUCAUGGUGACUUCUUUCUCUUUCAUCCCUGAUUAUUCAUCUGGAUUAAAUCCCCCAAUUUUCAAUGUCCCCUCUGUUCCAUUGAUAUUUGACUCAUGUAGCCCCCUCCCAAAACACAGAAUAAGCUGCACUGUACUCUCCAGGUUUACCCUUAUGAGACGCCUAUUUGUCCCACUGCCAGAUGGAAGCCAUAUCCCUUUCUUAGUCACAUUAGCUACAUAUCUUUAAUUAUUUGUCAGGUCUUUUUCUCCUUGGAUCCAUGAACACCCUCCUUUAAGGAGAUCAGUCCAUGAUAGCUUCCAUAGUCAUCACUUUAAAAGAGUUUGAAUUGGCAUGAUAUUCCAAGUUGUGCUCCCAGAGCAGACACGUUCUGCUACAUUCCCUUUCUAACCUUAUUUUUCAGUGUAACAAAGACAUAAGUGCAUGUGUGUAUCCAUAAGGAUCAGGGUUCAUAUUCUAUUACGGCAUUAGUUUGUGGCUCUCAAUAUAUAAGUCUAAAUUUCUUAAAGGUGUGUAGCACCUCAUGUGUCAAGAGCUAAGGAAAGAUACUGUCAAUGUAAUGUAAUAAGGCAACAAAAGUGUAUAAGUCAUGCAUGUGAAGACAAUAAAACAUGGACCAUGAUGUAGCUGAUGAAGCUAAGAAUAAAUUAGAAGCAAGACUUGUAAAGUGGUGGGCUAGCACCCUGCCCGGGAUUUGUUCCUGCCUU